AUGUCCGCCAUUCCUCACUACUUAUUCCGCUCGUGCCGCAACAAAGACUGCGCCAAGGGCUGUGUUCUCUACAUUCCUGUCAGCAAUCCCGACUUUAUCCCCUCCUUUAACAUUUCUACGGCCGACCAACCGACCUGGAUCGCUGUCCCUUGUAAGGGAUGCUCGUGCCUUGGAAGUCAGCACUUGCACUCCGUCGAGUUCCCGGACCGUCCCAGUUCUUGCGGGGAGGCUAAUUAUACCCAUGCUACUCCGGAGCCGUCCAUGCCAUCGGCCUCGCAGGAUGGUUUUGCGUCUACCUAUACAGCACCGUACCCUGCUGCCGACCCUGAAGCUUUUCCUUCUACUGCUCAUGGUCCUCCUUCUGGUGUCCGUCGGUCUGGUCCACGCUUUGGCUUCGCUUCUCGUGUCAUGCAGUCAGCGUCGUUCAAAGCUCAAGCCCAGAAGCGAGAGGAGCGAGAGGCAGCUGCUAGUGGGAGCGGUGCCUCUACUAGUAAUGCUUUUGAUCCGACGGCCAAGGCUUACACCACAGGAUCUCAGCUCCAUAGUAAGCCUGAACCUCGCAAGCGCAAGCGUGCCUCAUCACCUAGCGUAUCUGGGUCUGCGCCUGCCCACAAGCAGACGAAGAAGGAGGUCCGGGUUUCUAUGGAAACGUACACCGUUGUGUUGGUCCCCGACACCGUAGAUGCUCACUACGGCCUUUGUAAGCAGCCUAGUCUGUAUGCCUUGCAACGUCUUGACAAGGAGGGCCGUGUCAAGAGCGUCUCUUUGCCAAAAGACAAAGUCUCUAACAAGGACAUUGUCACCGCAGUUUGCAACACGUUCAAGGCGGACCCCAGGUUUGCUGUUAUCGACUCUGGAUGGCACCUGUUGCGGGUCUUAUCGCAAGGCACAGGCCGCUCAGCCACGAUGGAACUUAUGGAGGGCGGCUCUAUGAACGAUAUUACGUUCGAGGUCUGGAAGAAAGGAGUAAACCCGUCCAUCCGCAAUGCUGGCCCAGGCUACAGACACCCUGUGUUCAUCGUUCUUGCCAUGCCAAACUCUCCCAACGAAGUGCAUGACAGUCCCAGUCAUGACGAGCCUACACCAUCUUCUGUUCAUGACAAGACCGGUGCCAAUACCAUGUCCACUCCAUCGGAGCCUACUCAUAACGACUAUCCAGACUGGCAGGAAAUGCCAGUGCCGCAGGCCCACCAAGAUCUCGUUAGACACCUUCACUACAUGCAUCCUCCUCCAGUCGACAGUGAGGAUGUCGAUGUCAGUUGGUGGCCUGAAAGCCUCACUCUUCAGUCACCAUUCAACACGUUCUUCAGUCAGAAGAAGCUGAUCGAGUUCGCACUGCGAAGAAUGGAGCCAGGCACUCCAACAUAUAGUGGUGUCGAUGAUGAGGACCUUGUUACGAAGUGGAUCCCUGAGGUUGUCUUUGACCCUCUGGCUUUUAUCGUCAGGCUAGCUACCGAGCUCAAAGUCCUCGAAGAGCCUAAGACGCUAUUGAGUCGGACACUCGAGAAGCGUUUCGUGAAGGACUUUGCCCUUGGUCCGUUUGGUCUUCAUGGCGUUAUACCUAUCCUUGAUCAGCUCUAUGGGUUUGUUAUCUACUACGUCCCCCUUCCUGCUCACCACCGGUCCACCGCGUACGAUCACCUAGAGCUCAUCUCUCAGUGCGCCUUGGCUUUGGUCAAACACUUCAAGUACGUCAAACCUCGCUGGCAAUACGAUCCUCCUGGCCCAUUCAGAGACCUGAGCAAGGUCUACGACGAAUGCGAGGAGUUUCUAAAAGACGCCACUCAUGCAGACUGGAACUCGACCCCGAUGAAGACAUUUGCUGGUGGCAGUGGACUUCAAUACGUUACGCCGCAGGAGCUGGUAGAGAUUCUCACUCAGUCAUUCGGACAUGCCUCUGACGCCUCAGCAAUGAACGAGUACUCGCUCAAAGCUGGGGAGUUUGGGGUUGGUGGGGUGUUCAGUGACCUCGUCGAACCGCUCCUGGAUUGGCUGCCCUUGACGCAUCCUGGGUACAAGCAGUACUAUCAGACACUUGAGGUAUUCUGCUCGGCACUGGCCAGUCGACUUCGUACACAUCUUCAGCAUGUGCAACCUGAGCCCGAUGCGGUUCCUGAGCCGGCAUUGGAAGAGCCAGAGUCCAGUGACUUUCACAAGAAGAUGGAGGCUGCGAGCGCACUCAACAAAGCAACAUGGCGUAGCAUGGUGCGUGCGCUAGUGACCACACUGUCGCAUCCCUCGCGGCCCUUGCCAGAAGACUGGCCUCCGAUGGGGCUUGAUCGUACAGCACAGUUCAAGAUACUCAUAAAGCUGUAUCAUUCAGACCACAACCAGACGGAGAGCGUGGAAUGGCAGAAGAUUACUCAUGCCAUCACCCAAGCUAUCAUUGCCAAGCAUAAAAGUACGUAG